AUGCCAUCCUGUCGCCCUCUUUCUUCAUCUGCCCUUUUGCCGCGUCCAUUUCGUGUCUUGGGCUUGCAGCAAGUGGCCAUCGGCGCGUUGGACAAGUCAGGGCCAUGCAGAUUAUGGGGCGAUGUCCUCGGCGUUCCCAUGACCGGCACGUAUAAAAGCGAGUUGGAAAACGUUGAUGAAGACAUCUUCCGUGUUGGCGCUCCGGACUGCCCGUGGGCUGUUGAAAUCGAUUUAAUGCAACCCAUCGACCCCGCUAAGGCGCCUAAAGUGCACGUUCCAGCUCUCAACCACAUUGGCCUCUGGGUUCACCCUUUGACAGCCGCGGUGGAAUACCUUUCCAAGCAAGGUGUGCGUUUUACACCAGGUGGAAUCCGACGUGGCGCCGCUGGGCACGACGUCUGUUUCAUUCAUCCGAAAGGCAACGAGAAAAGCCCCUUGUCAGGGGAGGGGGUUUUGAUAGAGCUCGUGCAGGCCCCCCCGGAGGUCGUGAGAGCGUACGAAAGCGCCGUGGAGACUGCCGACUCGGCGCGAUCCAAGGGUUAA